AUGUUCCGUCUUCUGUACAUUUACACACAAUGGCUCGGGAGGAGUCACGGCGCCCUCACGUACCGCAUGACGCAGGUCCUCACCGGACACGGUUGUUUCGGGAGGUACCUGCACCGCAUCGGUCGUGAGGAGGCGCCCGGGUGUCACCAUUGUGCGGACAGCCCCGAGGACACGGUGGACCACACAGUCCAGGUGUGCCCCGCAUGGGAGGGGCACCGCCGGGUCCUCGUCGAGGCUUUGGGCGGCGGCGACCUCUCGCGUCCGGCCCUGGUUCAGGCCAUGGUCCGGGGCGAGAGGGAAUGGGAUGCCGUCGCCUCCUUCUGCGAAGCGGUCAUGCUCGAGAAGGAGGAGGCGGAACGC